AUGGAGUACGCGCAAUAUCAGCAAGCGCACCCUCACAACCCGCACGCGCAGGCACAUCUACAGAAUGCCUACUCCACCGCCCCUCAGAAUGCCGGUCCUGGUGGCGCAUCGAUAACAUCGCCUACCCAGCAGCCGCAAAUGCGUUCACAACACAACCAGGCGUCGCCCAUACUGCAGGGUUCGGGUCACGCCUACGCGCAGCAAGGCCCACCGAACCCAGCGGCGCAUCAGGUCCAUCAGCAGAUGGGUUACCCGCCUAGCUAUGCCAUCACCGGCAUGCAGCACUAUGGGAUGUCGCCUGCACAGAUCGCGACCGCUGCCGCAGCAGGACAGCCUUACUAUCCGGUCCCGGAUCAGUCCAUGCAGGGGACGUUGUCACAAGAUCCUAGGGCAUCUCCGCGGAUUACAGGAGCGCAAAUGCAGAACGAUGCGCGAGCGACGCCCCGAUCACCAGUGCAAGUAUCGACCGCGAUGCAGGCGCAGCCUCUAUCCUCUCAAGUUCAGAUGCAAAGUCAGUCGCUACCUCAAAGACGGAUGAGUCAACAGAUCACAAGUCCCGGGAUGCAGCAUACGCAGCCGGUGAUGAAUCACAUACCCAGGCCUUCAGCACCGCCUCAAGAUUUCAAGCUGCCACCACAAGCGCCACCCGUCCAGCAGCACCAGCAGUCGCCUGAGAUUGUUUCUGGAGGCACCGAAGAAGCUCCGUUAUAUGUGAACGCGAAACAGUUUCAUCGUAUCUUAAAGCGGCGGAUGGCGCGGCAGAAGCUCGAAGAGGCACUUCGGCUUACGUCCAAAGGUCGUAAACCUUACCUCCACGAAUCCCGACAUAAUCAUGCAAUGCGGCGACCACGCGGCCCUGGCGGCCGGUUCUUGACUGCCGACGAGGUUGCCGCGAUGGCAAAAGGACAGAGCAUUGGCGAUGCUGAUGGUGGGGAUAAAGAAAAUGCCGACAUGCCUGCGAAGGGAGCGUUGGCAGGUCAGACUGGGUCCGCAGGGAAGCGAAAAGCUGGUGCCAUGGCUGCGCCGGCGGCGAAAAAGGCAAAACAGAACAGCAAAGCCAUGCCAGUGCAGCGACCCAGUUCAAGUGGAGAUGAGAGCGAGCCAGAAGACGACGAUGAAGACGCUGACGAUGACGGCUGA